ACGUUCCCUCAGGUAUCUUCCCUGUGCCCCUUUCCCAGUGUCCCCCAAGCCCCACAUCCUGUCCUGGUCCCUGUCCAUGUCCUGCCCUGCAGCUCGCAGGGCGCAGGGCCAGGCUCCCAGCCCGGUGUUCGUGGCUCUGUCACUGGGACAGGCGUGACCCCACGGCCCCCUGGACUCUGGCCUGUGAGAAGGGCAAGGGAUCGGCCACCGGCUACCCCAGGACCGGGGUCUGAUUUAGGGACAGGUCACAGAGUACCCCGGGUCUGGUUUGGUGGAACACGGGGCCCCUGGAAAAACUCCUCCGUGGUGACGCUGGGACCGCCACCGCCCUGACGCUCCCCCCGGCCCCGUGGUGCUUCCUGAGCGUUGUGGGGAAGCGAGAGCGGAGCCGACAUCCGGAGCAGAAGUGGCCUCACGGCUGCGCUGCCACAGCCCAGAUACGCACGGUGGCCUGGCUCCCGCUCACCAGGCAAGGCCACCACCAGACAUGUCCCUGAGGGGUGCAGGACGUCCUGCGUCACCUUCCCGUCACUGUGGUGACGUGGGGCCCGGCGUGACAGGCGACAGCUUUCCCUUUGGUGAACACACCCAGCUCUGGUGGUUUUGCGCCCGUGGAUGCGUUUGGGGCGGUCGGUCGCUAUCUGGUGACACCUGCGGGGCUGGUGACACCCGUGUGGCAGAGCACAGAGGGAGCCGCUGGCGCCCGGCUGCCACCACGACGUGCCAUGUGCCACUCUCAAGGGGCAGCUGAUGGUGACGCCGCCUGCAGUGCUGCCAGAGCCCAGCAGCCACAGAGGGGCAUUUGGGGACAGCCCUGUCACCUCCUGCCCUGCGGACACAGGGUUCAAGUGGGCGUCCCCGAGCCAGUCCCCGGAGGAGCACAGGAGGGUGGUGAUGCUGGAGAAGAAGGCAGAGGAGUCCUUCGGCUUCGAGAUCCAGACCUACGGGCUGCACCACCAGGACAGCAACAGCGUGGAGAUGUUCACCUUCGUGUGCCGCGUGCACGACGGGAGCCCGGCCGAGGCCGCGGGGCUCAAGGCUGGGGACACCAUCACGGGCGUGAACGGGCUGAACGUGGAGGGCAUCCGGCAUCGGGAGAUCGUGGAGAUCAUCAAGAGCUCGGGCAAUGUUCUCCGGCUCGACACGCUCUACGGCACGUCCAUCCGGAGGGCCGAGCUGGAGGCCCGGCUGCAGUACCUGAAGCAAACCCUCUACGAGAAGUGGGGGGAGUUCCGCUCGCUGAUGGUGCAGGAGCAGCGGCUGGUGCGGGCUCCCUGGACGGGGACAAGGAUGGCGACAAGGACAAGGACGAGGGCAGCGGCGGUCCCGCGCCCCCCCCACCGCGCCCCCGACCUGCCCUGGCCCGCAGCGCCAGCCUCAAGUGUGCGGGGGGGCCGGGGGCUGCGGGGCGGCUUUGGGCCCGGGCCGGGGACCCUGGGGACGGGGCAGCCGCCCCCCGCAAGAGCCGACACAGCAGCUUCCGCCGGCGGCUGCUCAAGUUCAUCCCGGGUCUCAACCGGGCGCUGGAGGAGGAGGAGAGUCACCUCUAAGCCGCCCCAGGACUAUUUAUUUAUUUAUUGCAAAGGGGCUUCAUUCCCCCGGCCCCCAUCCCUGGGGGCUGCAGGAAGGAGGUUUGGGUUGGCCCCAGGGGUUCUGAUUUGGCCCCCCCCCGGGCCCGUGGGGAUCGUGACGCUGAGGGACGGACUCGGCACCAAGGGACAGACGUGAGGACCCUCCCGAAGCGGCUCACGGAGCUGGCGCUGCUCUGGGCAGCGGGGCCUUCCUCCCUGGAGGGGAGCACCGGGGGAGCCCCGCACUCCCCGGGCUGGGGGGGGGGCUGUGGGGGUCGCACCCCUGCCCCCCCCGGGCUGUUGUACCGCGUCAGUGCUCGCCAAUACAGAGAGGAUUUGCA